CGGAAGCCAUCUCAGUAUUCCCGUAGGACGCAGAUUUGCUUCACUAACCAGACUCAGAGGGGCACAAGUUUGGUCGACUCAUUUCGGUCUUUUUGCGAGUGUCUGCGUGUUGUCAGAACCAACAGCUGAGUUGAGUUCGGUUCUGCGGUUGGAAACAGCAUCAUGGCGUCAGGAGGCCCGAUGAUGAACGGUGACCUCUCUCGCUCUCCUGGUCAGUCUGGCACCUUGGAGGAGACAGUGCAGCAGAUGAACAUCCUCAUUCAGGAGAACCGAGACCUGAAAGAGGCGCUGCGUCAGACCAACCUCUCCAUGAAGGAGCGUUUCGAGGGUUUAUCUCUGUGGAAGGAAAAGCAGCGUCAGGAGAGGGACUUCCUGGAGAACCGGCUCCAGGAAGCCCGACGCUGCAUGGAGACGCUGACCGUCCAAAACCAGGAACUCACCAAAAAGCUGGAGGCAGGAGGAGCCUCGGGUGGAUGUAAGAGUUCAGAGAUGGAAGCUCUGCGCACCCAGCUUGCUCGUCUGCAGGCAGAGAAGAACGACCUGGUAGCUUUGAACUCCGAGCUGCAGCUGAAGGGAUCCCAAGAUGACUCGUUCAUUGAGAUCAUCAAAGUGUCGGACGCAGACGUUGAAGGCGUGAACAGCACAUGCGGUUCAGAGCGCGUCAGACGUCCGGACCUCAGCAUGAUGUCAUCGCGGCUGGAAAACGAGGAGAUGACGGUCAGCCAGCUGCUGCAGUCCCUGAGGAACGAGACGCAGAGAUGUGAGCGACUGCAGGCCGAACUGCUGGCCUCUGCUGCCAGAAUCAGAGAGCUGGAGGAAAAGAACCGUGAAGUAGAGAGAAAGAUGAUAACAACCCAGACAGAGGCUAAGAAAGAUGCUGCCAAAGAGGAGCAGGCAGCAUCUGAGGUGGAGAACUUGAAGUCUCAGAUGAUGACGCUCUUCAAGGACCUGCAGCAGGCCCAGAGCAAGCUGGAUGAAGCUGAAGGCAUGAAGAAGAACCUGCAGGACAGAUGUCGGGAGGUGGAACAGGACGUGGCCACUCUGAAGGCUCAGCUGGUGGAGAAGCAGGCCGUGCAGUCGGAGAACGACCGGCUGAAGCUGCAUCUGAGCAGCCUGCAGGCCCAGGGCCAGAUGGAGCAGAAGAAGGCUGACGAGGAGAGGAACAACCUGGCACAGCUGAAGGACGCUUACACCAAACUCUUUGAGGACUACAAUGAGCUAAAAGAGGAGAAGAUAAGAAAACAGUCCCACAUGGUGGAGAGGACUCUGAUGGAGGAUCUGCAGCAACGGCUGACUGCUGCAGAAGAAGCGCUGGCUGUCAAACAGAACAAGAUCGAUGAUAUGAAGCAAGAGAUUUUCCAGAAGGAGAAGGAGCUGGAAACCAUCUCUGUCUUCCAGGCUCAGGCCGAGGUGUACUCCUCAGACUUCUACGCAGAGCGAGCGGCGAGAGAGAAGCUCCACGAGGAGAAGGAGCGUCUGGCUGCGCAGCUGGAGUACAUAAAGAAGCAGAACACACAGCUGCAGCAGGACAUGGACUCAUUGGGCCGGCGUUCACUUAAUGAAAUGCAGCGUAGACAUGGAUCGGGUGGAGCAAGUCCUCGUGGAGCUGAUCCAGGUCUUGUAGGAAGAAGUACUGAAUGGAACCAGGAGAACAUUCCCGAACACGCCUGCCCUAAGUGCAGUGAGAUCCUUCCAGACCUGGACUCCCUGCAGAUUCACAUCAUGGACUGCAUCAACUAGACCCCCAUCCCCAUUAACUCCCAGAGCAACACUGGCUGCAUUAGCAACUUUACCUGAGGUCUCCUCUGCUUUGACCUGUACUGUACCCCUUAUGUCCGAUCCCUGAGGAUCCAAAGAUCUCACUCUUUCAGACUGGAAACAUUUUGUUUUUCUGGAAGAAAUGGGUCUAAAAAGGCUUCAUUUAUCAAGCCCUGGCGUAGAUUUGUGCGCAGGAAUCCUUAUACGACAGGUUCCAAAUGGGCUUUGUGAAACUACAUACCAGCCGACCCCAGUUGGGUUAUGAUAAAUCCUGCUGCUGGAAAUAGGCGUCUUUUACAUCUUACAACCCUCAUUUUGUUCAGUUUAAGUUUCGAUUCGCUCAGUUUGGUAAAAAAAAAAACUGAUUUUAGAGUGACGUCACAACAGAUAUUUAAAGACAUUCAUAAAUGUAGGUUAAAACAUAAAUGUCAUUUGCCACACAAGUUAAAUCUCAGUAUAUCUUGUAUAAUAUCUUAUUUUAACUACGUACUACAUGCAAACUAGAACGCAUGUGUGCCAUAUUUUUGAAAUGCUGAGUGAGCUACCCUCCUCCGUUCAACAGCCAACCAGAAUAGGUUCACCUGGCAGCAGAGCGUCAAAUUAGGCCCUGAAAGUCCAGCGUAAAAUUGGGCAGAAUUGCCAAAACACUGUCUGGCAUUUUCUUGUGUAUUUACAGUAGUGUUUCUCCAGCUGAUCCAAGGCAGACCCAGCAAACUCAAUGUCGACACCACCAUACACGCCAGUCGCCAUCUUAUGCCAGGUUAUUUAAUGUUGAUAACAACAGCCGUCGUUGAAAUACUGGGCUGCCAAAAAAUAUUUCGCCUUUCAAAAGCAAAAAGUUGUGUUUUCACACUGUCCUACACCCUGUUCCAAAAGUAGUCUAAAGGUUUUCCUUUAUCCUGCAUAAAGUUUCCAUACUACAAAACCUACUGCAGUGACAACUUUGAGAAAGCAUAUGAAAUCUUUAUGCAAUCUACUUUUUUUAAUUUUAAUUCUUUUUUUUAUCUUUCUUUUUUUUACGUGUCCUGUCUUGGCAUUCCAGGCGUACCGUAUGGAGAAUCUGUUUCCCUACCUGUACCAUGGCAGAACCUUUUUUAAUCUCAAAAGUAACUAAAGAAAAAGUGGCCUAAUAAGUUAAUAAAGCCCACAAUAAAGAUGUCAUCCUUUAGUUUAUUGAAAUGAUCCAUUUUUACAGCUUUUUUUUUCUCGCCGUACGAAAGUUUGGUAAAUGAGGGCCUUGGAAGGACCAGGAGCCUGACUGCAUGUGAAAACAUUAUACCACUUCUAGUUUGUUGUGUAUAUAAAUUGUUGUCACGUUGAUGAAAAAAUAUAUGACAUCUGAAUUGAAAAGUGGCAAAAGCUGAAAAUCUGUGGAGCAGAAAUUGCUACCAAGUAAGCGGUUUCUAAAGGCUUUUAAUCAAUAUUUAUAGUAAGUGUCUGGUAAUGAUUGGACUUUUGCUGUCUGUCUAAAGAAGAUGUGUUAUAUGAAGGCACUUUUUUUCUUUUCAUUCAGCAGAUUAACCUCUGUAAUUAGAAAAUAUAUAUUUACCCGUUAGUGAAUAUGUACGAACAUGUCAGUUCUGUAUACUAUGUAGGUUUUAAAGGCUUGGAAUUCUGUGUAAAAACACUUAAUAAAAUCAGAGAAUUUC